GAAUCUCAUAGAAGACAAAGUUGCAGGAAUCUCAAAAGAAGAAAAGAAAUUUACUGUAAUCUCAUAGAAGAUAAAAAAAGUUGCAGGGAUCUCAUAGAAGAUAAGAAAGUUGCAGGGAUCUCAUAGAAGGGCUGCAACACAAAAACUCACAAGUGUGUAGAAAUAUCAACAAGAGAUAAUAAAAUCAGCAGAAUAAAGUCCUGUGGUAAGAGACAAUCCUAGAAGAAAGAUGUCGUCGGAUCAGCCCAACAUGUUUCUGGAGGGGGGACAAGGCGUGGUGCUUGUUGGACGAACUCGGAAACAGUUUGAAAUCUACAAGCAAGUCCAGGAAUUAGGUAACGGAAUUGCUGACCUGAAAGCAAAGAAACCACCAGGAUAUAAGAAAAAGAUAGGAGAAGAAGUUGCCAAAUUAUUAGAACUGAAAGCACAACUCGGUGAUGAUGGCCCGAAAAAGUUUGUUCUCAAAACCCCGAAGGGCACCAGGGACUACAGCCCACAGCAGAUGGCAAUCAGGGAGGGAGUCUUCAACAAAAUCAUUCAGACCUUCAAGCGCCAUGGAGCCGAGACCAUAGACACACCAGUAUUUGAAUUAAAGGAAACACUAACAGGGAAAUAUGGUGAAGAUUCCAAACUUAUAUCCGACCUGGCAGACCAAGGUGGAGAACUCUUGUCUCUCCGCUAUGACCUCACUGUGCCUUUUGCACGCUAUUUAGCCAUGAACAAAAUCUCCAAUAUCAAACGCUACCACAUUGCCAAGGUGUACCGCCGAGACAACCCCGCCAUGACAAGAGGGAGGUAUCGGGAGUUCUACCAGUGUGAUUUUGAUAUUGCGGGUCAAUACGACGCUAUGAUACCAGACGCUGAGUGUAUAAAAAUUGUAGUGGAAAUUCUGGAAUCUCUAGAAUUGGGAGAUUUUGUAGUCAAGGUGAAUCAUCGGAAGCUGCUGGAUGGAAUGUUUGCAGCGUGUGGUGUUCCAGAUGACAAGUUCCGAACAAUCUGCUCAGCUGUAGAUAAACUAGAUAAGACAUUCUGGGAUGAUGUGAGGGCCGAGAUGAUUGAUGAGAAAGGCCUGGAUGCAGCAGCAGCAGACAAGAUAGGAAGCUAUGUCAGAUACUCAGGUGGCAUUGACAAGAUUGAGGAGCUGUUGGCGGACGAGGUCCUGAAGGGUCAGAAGCUGGCUGUGCAGGGCCUGGAGGAGCUGAAGCUUCUGUUGCAGUACUGUGACCUGUUUGGGAUCUCCAACAGGGUUCUUUUCGACCUGUCCUUGGCUCGUGGACUGGACUACUACACAGGGGUCAUCUACGAGGGAAUCCUCAAAGGUCACACCCACAAGCCCGGUGCAGAUGGGGAGGAGAACGUAGGAGUGGGGAGCGUGGCAGGAGGCGGACGGUAUGAUGGGCUGGUGGGCAUGUUCGACCCCAAGGGCAAGAUGGUGCCGUGUGUUGGUGUGAGCAUUGGCAUUGAGAGACUCUUCUCUAUAAUGGAGGCCAAGGCACUGGCCUUGGAUCAGAAGAUCCGGACGACCGAGACCGAGGUGUAUGUGAUAUCAGCUCAGAAGAACCUGCUGGAGGAGAGGCUAAAGCUGUGCCGAGAACUGUGGACUGCUGACAUCAAGACUGAGAGCUCCUACAAGAGGAACCCCAAAGCCCUGGACCAGUUCCAGUACUGUGAGACCAACAACAUCCCACUUGCCAUCAUCAUUGGACAGUCGGAGAUUGAGGCUGGCAUCAUCAAACUCAGGGUCGUCGCAACCAGACAAGAGAGGGAAGUACCACGAGGAAGCAUGGCCGAGGAAAUCAAGAAAGAGCUGGAGAAAAUAGGCUCAAGUUGAAGACGGGGCUCACUCUAGAAAUAUCAGAUAUCAAAUUGUGUUGGAUGAAAUAUCCACAUCUUGUGCUAAUCUUUAGUUAUGAAUAUUGUUACAAUCUUGUUAAGGACUGUGAAAGGCAUAAGUAUUGAUUAAUUGAUCUAACAGACAUUUGUGAUGACAAUAUCGUCCGUCAUCAUCUGUCGUGUAUGAAGAGCACCAAGUAUUGAUUAAUUGAUAUACGACACAUUCGUUUCUAUCUGCUUGGUGAUGAUGAUAAAUCAUGUGAUCUGCUUCACAUGUUGUGUAAGACUUGUGAAAAUGAUGGACUACUAUUUAUUAUGUCUUUGUGUACCGGUAUGUAUCUUGAAUGUCUGACCUGACAACUUAAUGACACUUGUAUACCAUAUUCCUUGCAUUAAACGGCGCUCCUCCGUUCAGUGCCCAAAACCAAUGUAAUCCUCAUAAGUACUCUGCUCAAAAAUAAACAUGAUCAUCCACAUUUUCUUAUAUGUAUGCAGAAGGCCCUUAGUGACUAUUUGUAAAAUGUUUGUUUCAUUAGAGUUUGUCUACUGCUUGAUCUACAACAAAUUCAAUUUGUUGUGUUGGGUUUCAGUGAGCACUUCCUUUGUAAAUUCUCUGGGCACCUGGCGUGCUUAUUACAGACAAUAUGGUAUGCAAAAGGUUCCUAGUCUUUUCUAGUAACUAAAACAUCACAUUUUUUGCCAGACUAACAAAAAUAAUGUCAUGUUCAGGUAAUACAUCGAGGAAGCUUUCUGUUCAGGCAUCAAUGAUCUUGUAAAAUAAACCCACCCUAUGAACAC